CAUCCAUUCUCAGCGAUCUCAGUAAUCACUUUCCCAAAUUCUAACAUUCAUUCAACUUCCUAAAAUAGAUUCCAGUAAUUAUAUCCCCUUUGAAUUAUGUCUUUACUAAGAGAUUAUUGAGAAAGGGGGAAUGGAAGCAGCAUCAGUUAAGAAUCCUCCUCCUCCUCAGACCCAGCCAUGGAGAAUCUCAAUCCGUGCAAAGGCUUUCAAGAACUUUGAUCUCACCAUCGUCGCUUCAUCCACAUUUCUUUCGUCUUUUAGAAUCGACACUACCCAGUUCUCCAUCCUCGUCAAGAUCCGGAAAUUCUUCCUGAAAGUGGAAUCCGAACCAGUAGUUAUGAAAAAGAAUAAACGGAAUUCUUUCAAAUCGAAAUUUCUUAAACUCUUGGGAAAACUUCGUCCCAAAAGUCUUAAGAAAUUUGUGCCCGAUAUAAAGAAGAUCGAUUCGGAUUAUUCGAAACCGCAGAUUGGAUUUCCUUCAUCUCCUUUAAAUCGUGGGCGUAUGAAGAAGGAAUUGGGUGACUCCCGGAAUGUGUUCGACUUAAUUCCUCGAUGGGUUUCGGUGACGAAUGAUGUACGAGGGGGAGGAAUCAUUAUCUACAUUUCUAAACGCUUAAUCUACAUUUCUAUACUACUAUUAGUGCUGUCAUUUACAAUUUAUUCUUAUUCGUAUUGUUCGCCUACGGCGAAAUUCUUUAUUUCUUUGUUAAUGUCAUGGUGGCGGCGACUGAUAAUAUCAUGGUGGCGUUGGUGUGUCUCUUCCGAUUUUGUUCGAAACAUUCUCUCGAGCAUCGGAGGCGCCCUGAUGUAGCAGUGUCCGCCGGUGGAGGCCCUAACUCUAUUAUUUAGAGACCGAGAUCGGAAGAGACUACGAAUGUGAAGCAGAUUGGUGGAGAACAAGUCAAGUUUUAUAGAUUGAAAGAUUUUGUAUAAAUCUAAUUAGUUUGCAGUAGUAUUUUGUGAUUCUAGCUGGUUUUUCAACAUUUAUAGACUUCUUGAAAUGAAUUAUGAUGACAAUGAUCUGAAUUUUUUUAAAUGUCACUGUAAUGUAAUGUUAAAAAUUUCAAUUAUUAUAACAAUGACCUGAGUUCGUCAA